AUGAAGCUGGAAGCUGUGGCGGCGUCCAAGUCCGGCAGCAGAAGCAGAAGCACGGUGGCCUUCUCAUGGGAGCAUGAGCCCGGGGUGUCCAAACAGAGCCCCGCAGAGGCCAGGAAGCCCGCCGCUGGUGCGCCCCGCGCGGAGGCUGUAAGCAGGAGAACGCCGGCGAGCGCUAAGAAGCAGGCGCCUGCGCCUGCCGCGGCUGUGACCGCGCACCCUCACCGGCACCGCCUGCGCGUGCCGCCACCUCCAGGAGGGCCGGGUGCGCCGGCCGCCUCGCCGCCGGGGAGGAGAAAUCCGAGGAGCCGCCGCGUCAGGCCGGCGGAGGAUCCGUUCCUUGCAGCCUACCUGGCCUGCACGGAGGACAGCGCCAACGGGGGCAAGAGACUGCUUGGCUGGGCCGGGCUUGGGCUCGGCCUCGGUCUUGGGAUGCGUGGGCUCGGGCUCUCUUGCAAGAGCUCGUGUGGGGCCGUGGAGGAGUGCGUCGUCAGGCUGGCUAAGGUUCCUGGACUCGACGAGGAUUGA